CCUGGGAGUUGUAGUCUUCUGCCCCGGCAGAACUGGAGGCCCAACAGGAGGUUUGCGCAGGAGCGGUGAGCCGCCCAAGGUCCGGCUCUGCGGUCCCAGCCUUUUCCCAUGGCUGAUCCUGAGGAGUUUCGUGUUUCUUCGCCUCCCCCACCGCCUCCCUCCUCUCCUUCUUCUUCCGACGUUUCUUCAGCAUCUUCCCCCGGUGUCCCAAUGAGUUUGGGCUGGCGGGAUUCGAGCAGGAGCAGUGGCCGAACCGUGGACCCACUGGAGGAAGUGGAGCUGCAGAUAGGAGAUGCAGCUUUUUCUCUAACCAAACUUCUCGAAGCCACAUCUGCAGUAUCAGCUCAAGUGGAAGAGCUUGCCCUCAAAUGUACAGAAAAUGCACGUUUCCUUAAAACCUGGCGGGACCUCCUGAAAGAAGGCUAUGACUCUUUGAAACCUGACAACUGAUUUGGCCUGCUUAGCUAGCUGUUCCAGCAAUGGACCGUGUAACAUACUUCUUAACAUACGAUUUUUGCACAUGUACUGCAUACAUAGGAUGAUCUGUUUCCAGCAGUUCUGUAUACUCACAGAACUUUUUCUUGACUUUUAUGAAAGCAGAAUACUGAUAUUUUUGAUGCAGACCAGUAUUUGUUUAUUCUUAAAUACUUUCUGCCAUCUAAACUUUUGUAGAAUCCUUUAUGGAAGUUAAUUCCAUCAGUAGAUAAUGUUAAUAGUGCCACAGGACUACCAGUAGCAUACUACACAGAACAUUAUUUAAAAGAAGAUGCAAGAAUAGUAGAAUUUGAAGUUGAGCUUCAAUUUAUGGCCCAAAGGAGGUAACUAAGGUUUCUAAUGAUGAAUCCACCUCCAUUAGGGUAAAUUCUCCAAAACCAGUGACUAAGUCUUGCUUUUAUAUCCUCAGCACCUGAAACAGUGUCACACAAUACUUGCUAAAUGCUUGUUGAAUAAAAGACUUGAGAAACAUAACUAAAAGCUUUUUUUCCUUCAUGUUUUUAGCAUGAAGACUGUAAUUGUUUUUCAAAAAUGUAUGAAUCUGAACUUCAUUGACUUGAAGGAAAACAUUGUUUUUUAAAUGGGGAUUUGAACUUUGAUGAUAGUUUCUUAAAAUAUAAUUUUUUUUUGCCUUUCUAAGAUGCUUUUUAAAAAAGGAUGUCUGAAAUGAAAGCACGUCUGGAAAGAAUGCAUGUUUUUGCCCUAUUUGUGGUUAAUUGCUUUUAUCKUUAAUAUUUCUUGUAUUUUACAUUUUGAAUGUUUGAGUACUAUCUUAAAAAUAUCUUAUCAAAUUUUUGACUCAGUACUAUUACUGAGUUGCAAGUUACUUACAUAAUAAUUCUAAAGAAAUUGCUCUGUUUCCAGAAUAUCAAAUUUAAAUGAAGUAAUUGUUUUCAUAUUAUUUGAUCUCAGUGACAAUGUUCUAUUUUAUGUGUCUUGUAUYUUAUAUUGCUUUUUGUUGGUUUGUGUCGUGUGUCAACAACUGAGCUAGCUCUAAUGCUCUACUAUAUAUAAUUUUUAAACAUAUUUGAUGUGGCAUCUUAAUUCUUUGUAGAUAUGGAGAUGUGUACAGAAGUAUAUUCUUAAAGCCCCAUAGUGGGGGUGAUACAAGGGGACAUAUGGAUGGGCAAAGAAUAGUUUUGUUUAGCAUAUUAGGUCAUAGUUCUUGAUUAAUUAUUUUAGUUAAAGAUCACACAUGUUGUGUGAUUUUUAUACCAAAGAGAUGCUUACUUCAGUAUUAUAAAAAUAUUUUUCUUAUAUAUUCU